AUGGCAACCCGUCGUUCCCAUACCAAGUCCCGCACUGGCUGUAGGGACUGUAAGCGGAGGAAAGUCAAGACCUCACCAGCAAACAUCACCCCUCAAAGAUCAACAACAACACCAUCCGUCAACGGCCUGAGCCCAGAAGGACCCUACGACUUCCUAGACGCUGCCAUCGACCAUGACAGACUCCAUUCUCCCGCCCCAUCCAUCGGCCACUGGGGCCACGGCCUGGAGCUAAUGCACCACUUCACUGUCGUCACCGCAAACACCCUCUCCGUCCGCCCGGACAUGCAACACGUCUGGCGCGUUACCAUACCCGAGAUUGGCUACGACUGCCCCUUUGUCAUGCAUGGCAUCCUCACAAUCGCGGCGCUGCAUAAGGCGUAUCUUAUACCCUCGUCGCGGGGCAAGUACCUUGAACUCGCGACGUCACAUCAGAAUGCAGGCAUCGAGGGCUUUCGAACGCAGCUCCACACUGUUAAUGAUACGAAUUGGAAGCCAUUCUUCUGUUUCGCGUCACUCGUCGUCUUCUAUGUUGCUUCGCUUCCCGUGCGUAUGGGACAGGAUCUCGACUCCGAGCCUGAUAUUAUGGGCGUCUUUAUUUUUGUGCGAGGUAUUCGGGCGAUACUAGAACCAUACCAGACAAAGAUUAUAAGGACGGAAUUUGCGCCAAUGGCGACAGGAAUAUGGACCAUCGACCCGAGUGAUCCAUCAUAUAAACUCCCACCCCUCCACAACUCCCCACUCCCACCCGACGUCUUCGAAGCAAUCCAAGGCCUCUUAGAUUUCUACACAGAAAACCUCCACGACAGCGCCCGUGAAGAAUACGUGACGGCCGUAAGGGAGCUCGAAAAGGCAGUUUACCUCAUGGCGCACGCCGGCGCCACCCUCGAGGUCGGCAUGAUUCUCUUCUGGCCGUAUGUCAUCUCGGAGAACAUCAUGGCCGACAUACACGCCCUGAACCCGUAUAGUCUGGUCCUGCUGGCGUACUUUUCCGUGUUUUUGUGUGUGCUCGAGCCGACGUUUUGGUUCUUGCGGGGGUGGUCGAAGAGGUUGUUUGCUAUGGUUGAUGCGCAGCUCGCGGGGCAUCCUGUGUUGUUGGAGGCUGUGAAGUGGCCUCGGAAGCAGGUCUAUGAGUUUUAUGCGCAUAUAUGA